CCUCGUUUCAAAGAAGUUAGUUGAUCCGCAAGACCUCCGCUGGCAAAUGUCAACGCCGAGUUUUCAUCUCAGAGGGAAUCUUCUUUAGAACGCUUGAAAUUGCCUUUAUAAGUUGCCAUUCAUUUCAUUAUGAAACAUGCUCAAGCGAUUCUUUUUUAACAAGUGGAAUAGUACAUCAAAACUUGCCAAAGAGACAGAUGCUCCUUUGAUCGCCGAUGAUCAAUCAUUGAAUCCUUUCAACGAGAUUUGUAUUCUUACUGGACAUGAAGAUAUCAUUAACAUAAUUAAAGUUAUUGACGAGACCAGAUUGGCAUCAUCUGCUGAUGACAACUUGGUCAUCAUAUGGGAUUUUGAGAAUGGAGAUCUUCUACAUAGACUUCAUGGUCACACUAGACCUGUGACAUCAAUGUUGGUCCACCAGAGGAAAGAGUUGAAUUCUCUAGAAUCAUCUUCGGUUUUGUAUACGGCAUCAUCGGAUAAAUCAAUUAGAAUCUGGGAUUCUAAUGAUGGGAUAUGUAUGAAUGUCAUUGAUGGGCUUUCUAGUGCAGUAAAGUGCUUGGUGAGUUUAAAUCGUGAGGAGUUUACGUUUUCUCUGGCGGAAGAGAUUUGUGCCUGGAAUAUUAAAGGCAAACUCUUAUGCGAGGAAAAAUUGCUUCAAUAUGAUUCCGACAUUCACGGCAUUCUGCCUAUAAAGAACAAUAAACUUGUGCUGGCGUUCAAUCAUCCAUCACUUGUCGUGUACACUUUAACAGAGGUUUUGCGAACGAAAUCUUUAAAGUUUCAUUCGUUACUUCGACCUCAUGAAAAUGAUGUAAGAUGCCUUCGUGGUAUUUCAGACGACAGUUUUGUCUCUGGGUCGUUGGAUGGAGAAAUCAUCGUAUGGUCUAGUCUAUCUCUGCAACCAAUGAAGCGUGUCAAUAACCAACGCGAGUUUAAUUAUUUGCAAAAUUACGACAUGGUGCAGCAUUUGUUUGUUCUUGACUUGCGAUUUGUCUUUGCUGCUAUCGGAUCGGGCUUUUUCGUAUACGACGCCUUGUCAGGGAAAUGUGUGGCUCAAAGACUAAUGUGUCAUCACUCUAAAAUAUCAUAUAUUGAACUAUUGAAGCCCAGACACAUGUUGGUCACGUGUUCUGAAGAUGGUACCGUACGAUUGUGGGGAUCACAAGAAAAACGAUUUCCUUCAGACGAGUUUUCCUCCAUUGAACAUUUCCUCGGCAAAAGUUUGAGCGAGAUCACAAGCGUCAUUACCGAACCUCAACUGUUGGGCGAGUGUCUUGGCCAUUCUGGUGCCGUGAGGAUGUUGGCAGAUUUUGGAGUAGACGGUUUUGCGUCUUGUGCUAGUGAUGGCAAUAUAAUAUUGUGGAAGGAUGGAUGGCGUGAGCGUGAGAGAAGAUUUGAGCUGGCUACCAGUCUCUUGUUUUCUUGAAGGAACACGGUACGCCAUGAUUAAGGUAGCACACAUUCUUUUUUAUUUUCAGAAUGUAAAUGGUUGUUUUGCACUAGGAAACGUUAAAUUCCGAUAAGGUCACGAUUAAAAUGUUUGAAACAUUUUCAAGAUUUUAUUGAUUAGUGGGAGAAACAAUUUCGCACAAUUUCCGCCGAUUUUUAAAUAGAAAAGUAAUCAUUACAGAUAAAUCAUGAUUGAUGGUCAAAAUUGACAUAUGAAUGAACAAGUACUUUUCGGUAAACAAACAUUGUAAUGUUGAAUUUGUAUAUAUUUUUUGUUCAAAUAGAGCAAAAUUGAAUUUACUUUAACACAUAAA